GAUGCUGUUAUGUCUGCCCCUCUGAUGUCUUUAUUCCAUGUCAAGGUUAUAUGGCAUAACAACUCUACAGGGGCGUUUUAACGAAAUUGUUCAGCUUGGUGCUCUGCUUACUAGUUAUAAAGACUUAUGUGUAUUACAUGUACUACUCUGAGGAUGCCUCAGCUACGAAGUUCCUUGUUGCUGUCACAUGGUAAGUUGGGCGACUUUGGAACGCUCGUCAAACCUGCUUAGACGAUGUCAGGGUUUUGGAUAGCUUACAUGCCUCGUUCAGUGAGUGUUUGGUGCAUAUAAGCGAAUACAUGGUUAGACAUUAAUGGAUGACUAGUGUGCCAUAUGUUGUAUUACUACCUGGUAACCAAUUAUGGAAUUCCAACGAGUUUGGAGUAUCUUGUCUGGUCAUUACCGGCAUCACUUCUGGUGGAUGUACUUGUGGUUUUUGUAGUUCAAUGCUUUUUUGCACAUAAAAUAUAUCACCUUUGUCGCCCUCAAGUGAAGUGGUUGGUGACCGCCCCGAUUCUAAUCUCGGUACUAGCUCAUUUCGGGUUUGGCAUGGGGAUGGCUGUUUUCAUGUUCGUCAAUACCGAGGCCAGCGCCGCUGAGCAAAUUAGGUUUUCCGUCCUGAUACCGUUCGGGGCCCUUGCCAUAGUUCCAGAGGGUCUGAUUACGGCGUCACUUUGCAUACUUUUGUAUGACAGCAGCAGUCGCUCCAUGUUCCCAAGAACGGAACAACUCCUGAACACGCUUAUCAUCUAUGCUGUCAACCGAUGUUUGCUGACUUUACUGGUCGCCAUUGGGGAGCUUACCGCGAGUGUUUAUCAACAAAACACAUGGGCGACAGUAUUGGACUUCAUCAUUGGAAAGUUAUAUGCCAACUCGCUUCUAGCAUCACUGAAUACCCGGCAACACCUUCGAAGCCAGGGUUCACCUUCAGGUACCGAGCCAGAUCGAUAUACCAAGGCUGUCCACGUUGCAAAUUUUCCAAAGCGUUCGGAUGAUGUAGAGAGUUCAAUGGAUGGAGCAAGGCAGUUUGAUAUGCGCUAAGUGGCUGUCAUCAACAUCACUGCCGAUGCGGCACUUAGGGGCAUUCGACGUUCCGUUGUUACUCCGCAAGAUAAAAUGUUGUAUUUAUAACUGGAAAUACCACUGCUUCCUAGACGCAGGU